UGUGUCGUCUGCAAGUAUUUCGAUCGUCUCAGUUUGUACGGUGCAUACAAAUAUAAUGGCUGAAGUUCGGGAAAUUAUAGCUGCAGAGCUCAAGCUUACGAAAGUAGAGCCCUGGAAAAGAUUAAAAGGGGGCUGUAGCAGCAAUAACUGGGCUUUUAAAACUGAAAUUGGGGAAAUAUUUGCGAAAAUAGAUAGUGACAAGCAUGGUAGAGAUCUUUUACUUGGUGAAAUGAAAUCGUUGGAAAUGCUUCAGUCUGCAGAAUCUGUGCGUGUGCCAAGACCAAUCAAGAUUAUAUUUUCACAAAAUACUGCAAUCCUGAUAACAGAAUACAUAAAGUUUAAGGGGUUAGAAGUCUUUCAAGGUGAACUUGGGCAACACCUUGCCAUGCUCCACUUGAGAAACUUGCAGUUACUUAAGGAGAAUGCUGAUCAAGCAGUAAAGCAAUUUGGAUUCUAUGUUAAUACCUGCUGUGGGAAAAUUCCUGUUGAUAACCAGUGGAAUGAAGAUUGGAUUAAUUUUUAUUGCAAGCAGAGAUUGAAACCACAAGUUGAAAUGGCCGCUAAAAUGUCUGGAAACCGUGAGGUGGAGACGUUAUGGUCUCAGCUAGAACCAAAAAUCAAGCAGCUCUUUCAUGGAGUAAAUGUUCAACCUUCGUUGCUACACGGUGAUUUAUGGAGUGGAAACGCUGGAGAAACGGAAACUGGGCCCGUUAUUUUCGAUCCCGCUUCGUUUUAUGGCCAUCACGAAUUUGAUUUGGCUAUUACUCGUAUGUUUGGAGGCUUCGGCAGAGAAUUUUAUAAGAGAUACCACCAACUUAUUCCGCGCGAAGUGGGAUUCGAGGAAAGGAAGUCUCUGUACGAACUGUUCCAUUAUCUCAAUCACUGGAACCACUUUGGGGGCGCGUACGAGGAGCAAAGCUUGAAAAUAAUGCGACGGCUAGUCGCGAAUAGCUAAUGACCAGAGAAAAAAUGUACUCCAACGGUGCACCUUAAAAUUCCAGAUUAAAAACGAAGAAAGCAGUUUAUUCUUUUUACUGGCCACAUUAUUUUAUAAAUAUAAUAAUCAUUUAUUUCCGAAUACCAAAUUUACGCAAAGGUGCUCCUAACGUUGACAUUCUCAGUCGCCUCUAUAACGUUUUUGUUCCUUCAGUUUUUUCUGACGAUAAAGAUUCCCGGAGCCGAUUUUCACGAUUGGUGAGAUGAGGCAUCUGAAGAAUAGGUAAUCCAAGUGAUUUACCUAAACAGAGAAUGCAAAACGAUAAGCUUGGAUCCCUUCAAAAAAUACAAAUAUUUUUCACGAAA